ACUCAGCGGGUUUGGGAGGAGUCACACCGGUGGGAAAGCCCUGCCCAACGCAGGAGCUGUCGGGCUUCUUCCUCAUUCAUCCCGCUGCUCUGUGGCGGCGCCUCUGGAGGUUCUCACACCGCCGAGUGAAGCACUCAGCCGGGGCCUGGUGUCCGUGUUUGCCUCGCGUCGCCUGUCUUGUCGGCUCCGGAGGAUACAUAAAGGGGGUUUGUGUGGAUUCUUCUUCUUUCUUUUUUUUUUUACCCCCCCUGAUCUGAGGAAUGUGACACGGACAGGAAGGAGACGCACUCGGCGGUUUCACCGUCGGUACAAAGAGAAGACAGGAUCUGCAGCAAAGUUGGGAGGUUUAAGUUCCUCCUUCCUUACCUCGUGACCUUUGACCCCACGCCUUUUUGCAACCAUGGCACACCGAUCCCAGAGUUCCUCGAUCGGUGAUAACCCCCUUGACCCAAACUAUCUGCCACCACACUAUCGUGAGGAGUACCGUCUAGCUAUUGAUGCUCUUAUAGAGAAUGACGAACAGGGCUACCAUGACUUCCUCCAGUCGGCAGAUGUGGUCAGUUUCCUGGCACGGUCGGAAAUUGAAUUUAUCAAGUCCACAAUGCAGACACCCAACCUGAGCUCCAGCAUGCCAGAGCUGACUUACUAUGAUGGUGCGAAUGAGCCUGAUGGCUCCUCAGACACGUAUUGGCCGAUGCAGUCUGACCUGGCUGCUCCGGGGCUGGACCUGGGCUGGCCACUGCCACAGCACAGCUUCAUGGGUCCCACAGAGGUCACCACUCUGGUGAACCCCUCCGACCCAGACAUGCCAAGCAUCAAGGAGCAGGCCAGGAGACUGAUCAAGAAUGCAUGCCAAGUUAUUGCUGUAGUAAUGGACAAGUUCACAGACGUUGACAUUUUUUCUGACCUCUUGGCUGCGGCAGCACGCCAUGUUCCUGUUUACGUUUUGCUGGACGAGCAGGACUCCCAUCACUUUGUCACUAUGGUCCUCAACUGCAAAGUCAACUUGGAACUUAUUCCUAUGAUGCGUGUCAGGGUUGUGGCAGGAAUAACCUAUUACUCCCGGACAGGAAAAUCAUUCAAGGGGCAGGUGAAAGAUCGUUUCCUGCUGGCUGACUGCAAGGCUGUACUCAGUGGCAACUACAGUUUCAUGUGGUCCUACGAGAAGAUCCACCGCUGCAUCGCUCACCUCUUCCUUGGAGGGCUGGUUGCCACCUUCGAUGAAGAGUUUCGCAUUCUCUUUGCUCAGUCAGAGCCUCUAGUGAUUGACCCAUCUGAUGGAGCACUUGCUUUGUCCGACACCAGCAGCACCAGCAAUUACUUUAGCAGCCAGUUUGGUUUGAAGAGGACCCAAUCUUUGCGUAAUCCCAUAGGUUACCGCAGGCAGCCUGAGCUUCCCUCUGCCUUUCCUUACGGAGACUCUGAUCGUAACCUUGGACUUCAUUUCCGGAGGAACGACCCGUUUCGUCACAGCAUUGAACCCGGGCCAGGAAUUACAAUUGGGAAGUAUUCCCAGCAACAGUUUCGUCUGCAGCAGUCGUACCUGGAGCAGGGAAGGUCCAUAGUUUCCAGGCAGAUGGAAAUGAGUAGUAGUGGCUUUAAGAGGCACAGCUAUGCAGAGGGAACCCAGGAAAACUACACAUCUUCGAAGCAAUACAUGAAGCACAGAGUCAUGAAUAAUCUGGAAGAGACGGACUUCCACAGGGAGCAGACCCAAAGUAGCCAUUACUACAGUGAAGGGCCUGGGCCGGGUUCUGGCCAUGGACACUACGACAGACUUCGAGGUCGCACUCCGCACCUCUCCAUUGACCAGUAUUCAGACUCAAGCUUUCCUUCAGAUCACGAACCUCCACCUGCAAACUAUGGUCGGGACUUCUUUUCAUCUGAGGACUUGAGAGGACCUGAUGGUCACCAGGCACCUCCGUUAGCUGGGAGGUAUGGAGGAGGUUCCUUCAAUAAGAGGCCAAGCAUAGGUCAGGCAUAUGCCUGUCAGAGCUCACCCACGCAGCCUCACCCACCUGAGAAGAAGCCGUUUGCCAAACAAUCUAAUCAAGAGCAUGAUCAAGAUGCAGAUGCUAAGCUAGGCCUGAGGAGUUGGAGAAUAAACUCUUAUCUCAGCACUUAUGAGGACAGUGGAGAAGAAGGUCUGACUCAACCUAUGGGGCCUGAUGCAUUUGAAGAUCCUCCACCAUCUCAGCAGCCAACUGUCCCUGAAAGUUCAGUUCCCCGCUUUAAUAAGGAGCCACCAAAUGCUGCCCCAAAAGCCAGACCAGAUAUCCUGAGGCCACGCUUUGGAAAGCCCAUGUUAAGCGAGAGCAACAGUAAAGACUCAGCAACAAGCAAGGAUCUUCAGACAGUUAGUGACUUAAAGCCAUUUUCAUUGGAGAAAAAGGAGAGAGAGGCAGCGAAAGAAAGGGAGAGAGAGGCUGAUAGGGGUGCAGGAAAGGAAAUGGGUGUGGAUGUGGAGGUGAAAGAGACUCAAGAUCUCUUCCUGUCCAAACAUGAAUCAUUCCGUUCACGUAUUAACCCACUCCUUCAACGCAGCUCUCGUCUGCGUUCCUCACUUAUUUUCUCAUCUUCCAAGGCAGAGAUACACAGUGGUAGCCUGGGCUUAAAACCAGCCACAGAGGAAGAUGAACAGUUAGACACAGUACGCACUUCUUCGAUUGUGGCCCAGAUCCUAGAGAAGAGGAGAUCAAUGUCUCGUGAGCCUUUUGAGUGGAGAAAGAAGGCUGAUGAAAAAGAUAAGGAGAAACAAAAAGAGAAAGAGCAAGAAGAACGAGAGGAGAAAGAGAGGGAGAAAUCAAAGGAGAAAGAGAGGGAGAAAGCAAAGGAGAAAGAGAGGGAGAAAGCAAAGGAGAAAGAGAAGGAGAAAGAGGAAAUAGAGACUCGACUGAAAGAUGAGAUUAAAGCAAAAGAGGAGCCUCAGAAAACCAACGAAGAGGUAAAGACGACACCAACUGUAGAGAAAUCUGAAGUCACAACAUCAUCAUCUCUGAACAUGAAUGACCCAGCCAGUCGACUGCAGUAUUUCAAAGAUCUGGCUGCCAAGAGAAAAGCCUCAACAAUGGCGACAGAGUCAUCACUAAAAGCUCCAGAGCCUGCAGAAAAAAAGCCAGACCUUUCUGAUAAACCUCCUCUAAACCCUGUGACAAUUCCACAGAUCCGAACUGUCUCUGUUGGUUCAACAGAAGUUGAAUCAAAGAGGCCAGACAUCUCUGCAAAACUGACGGAGCUCACUCGCAGACCUUCAAUUAGUUCCUCAAAACCACCCAUAAGCUCUGCCAAGCCUUCCACGAGCUACCUAAAGCCUACAGAGACAACUCAACCUCAGAAAGAGGAGAAUGCAUCAGAGGGUCAAAAGAGGGAUAUAUUCAAGUCCCUGAAGCCCAUUCCUUCGCCUAAGAUCUUCAGGAGGGAUCCGUUAAAGUUCAAAGGACUGAAUCCUCGCCGCAUUUCCUGUGGUGAGGAGAUGCUGACCACAGAUGCUACAGAUGCAGAGAAAAGUGAACUGAAAAAGAGCCGCUCUCAUAGUUCUUCAACUAUGACACGUGAAGACACUAAGGAAGGAAUGCAAAAAGUUAUGGGAUCUAAUACGUCCAUCAACACACUUGGCGAGGGAAGGGGUGAGGGUAAGACAAUUGACUUCUUAAAGAAGCAGACUCAGAGGCUAAAAGGUUUCCUCGGGCCCAAGGACAAAGAAAAGAAAUCUUCAGGAGAUGAAAAGGGCAUGAGCACGGUCAUUGAGGUCACUGGAGAUUCAAGCAAAAAACAGAGUUCUUCGGCUAAAGAUGCAGCAUCUGCUACUACCACCGACCAAACUACAGCCAAUCACAAGACCAGCCUAACAGGCCCAUCUCGAUACCAGUCCCCAGCCAGCUCUGUUCUGUUCAGCAGCAACCUACGAGAUGACACCAAAGUCAUUCUAGAGCAGAUCUCGGCCAACAGCCAGAAGAACAGACAAGAGCGAGAAGAAACGGGAGGGGAUGUAGAAAGUGACACCGGGGAUAAGGGGUUGGAGAGACAGAACACCUUAAAAAAGAAUCGAUUUCUGCGACCGCAGGGCAACGUCCAUGAGCGGGAGGGACUCCUGAAGAGGAUAGAGAGUUUGAGGAAGGAGAAGAAGGUCUACAGCCGCUUUGAGAUGGGGAAUAACCUGGGAUAACGUCAGAUGGAGGAGCAACCUUUUAUAUGGAAACUAUUUAUGCAAGAUGAUCAAAAAGACCUGUAUUUGCCAACGACACUAUCAAAGUACCUCUGUGGCUCAACACUGCAGCCUUUCCUGGAUUUUCACAAGAAGUAAUAAAACUUGAAAAGACGAUAUAUAUAAAACAAACUAAAGUUUGGAAUGCCCCUGUUUGCCAAGACCUGGUACUAUUUUUGCCUUAUAUGGUGACUGAAAGAAAGAAGAGUGACUACACGUAUACUGGUUUCAUGGGCUAAUGUUUCACCAAACAGAAGAAGGUAGAGCAACUUUCCUAUAAAUGAGUUUGCAUGAACGUGACUGAGGGAAUUAGAAAGAAAAAAGACAUCACAUGGUGAGGGUGAGGGAGAUAGAUACAUGCCAGUUUUAAAACUGGUGGCAUCACAUGUAUAGUACCAGUGUUAUGUGUUUCUCUAAGUGUGAAGCUUCAACUGGUUUGAAACUCAAUGGCAGAAAAGUGUCUUUGUGGAUUCACUGUGUGCCAAUGGCCCACCAAGGGCAUUACCAAAGCCAGAAGGACUAUUGACCAAGAGAACGAGAAAGCAAAUGAGAUUAUUUAGGAGAAACAGAAUGAGAUAAAGAAUUGGUGAAGGGUGGGAAUUUAAGGGCAGAUCUGUGAGAUUAAGGAGAAUGAAGCAAAAUCAGAAUCAGAAAGUGAAAAAAAUAGUUUUUACAUCUAAAUCUAAUGUUGAGGCAGCAGCAGUAGAGCUUGGAUAAAAAGUAGAGCCUGUAGUGAACUUUAGCCUCUGAAAAGUGUUAUGUACCUUUCUGUUAAGGUGUGGAGUGGACCCACUUCUCAGGGUUGAAAAUAACCAUUCAGAGAGUGGCCUACAGACAUUCAUGGUUAAAGGAGUGGAGUUGUGUAGUUCUUGUCUGAUGUAAUGUAAAUAAAAGUGUACAGCAUUUACAGUUGCACAUGAACACUGUAAAAAUACAAAACAAAACAAAAAAAACAGAAAAAGGAAAAAAAGAUUUUUUUUACAAAAGAUAAAAAUGUGCCUGAAAAUUCUCUUUCCAUCCCAGACUUUUAAAUUACCUUUAAAGGAAAGGAAGAGAAAAUGGAUAGGUACAUUUUGCAGUAUUGGAGCAGAGCCAUGCCUCCUUACAUAAGUCAUCUAACUUCUGAGACCUACGCCCUGCGCAGGGCUCCUGACUCUUUUGUUAGUCUGUAAACACCAUUAAACCAAAGAUUUAGUUAUAUGGUACAGUUCCCAGGCUGCUUGACAGCUAGGCUGGGCAACAAACCAUUAAGUGUUUUUGUA